GCGGCGGCCGGGAGCUGGCAGGGCUGCGCCGGUGCUACGGGCCAUGAUCCGCAACGGGCACGGGGCGGCGGGGGUCGCCGAGCGGUCGGGCCCAGGGGGCCGGCGCGCCGUGCGGGUGUGGUGCGAUGGCUGCUAUGACAUGGUGCAUUAUGGCCACUCGAACCAGCUGCGCCAGGCGCGGGCCAUGGGCGACUACCUGGUCGUGGGCGUGCACACAGACGAGGAGAUCGCCAAGCACAAGGGCCCCCCCGUCUUCACUGAGGAGGAGAGGUACAAGAUGGUGCAGGCCAUCAAGUGGGUGGACGAAGUGGUGCCCGCGGCGCCCUACGUGACCACGCUGGAGACGCUGGACAAGUACAGCUGUGACUUCUGUGUCCACGGCAACGACAUCACGCUGACCGUGGACGGCCGGGACACCUACGAGGAGGUGAAGCAGGCGGGGCGGUACAGAGAGUGCAGGCGCACCCAGGGCGUGUCCACCACGGACCUCGUGGGCCGCAUGCUGCUGGUGACCAAGGCCCAUCACAGCAGCCAGGAGCUGUCCUCUGAGUACCGGGAGUACGCAGACAGCUUCGGCAAGCCCCCCCACCCGACACCCGCCGGGGACACACUUUGCUCAGAAGUCUCCCAGUGCCCUGGGGGGCGCAGCCCCUGGACGGGGGUGUCCCAGUUCCUGCAGACCUCCCAGAAGAUCAUCCAGUUUGCCUCCGGGAAGGAGCCGCAGCCAGGAGAGACGGUCAUCUACGUGGACGGCGCCUUCGACCUGUUCCACAUCGGGCACGUGGACUUCCUGGAGAAGGUGCACCGGCUGGCGGACAGGCCCUACGUCAUCGUUGGCCUGCACUUUGACCAGGAGGUCAAUCGCUACAAGGGGAAGAACUACCCCAUCAUGAACCUGCACGAGCGGACCCUGAGUGUGCUGGCCUGCCGGUACGUGGCGGAGGUGGUGAUCGGGGCCCCGUACGCGGUCACGGCUGAGCUCCUGGCUCACUUCAAGGUGGACCUGGUGUGUCACGGGAAGACAGAGAUUGUGGCCGACAGGGACGGCUCGGACCCUUACCAGGAGCCCAAGAGGAGGGGCAUCUUCUGUCAGAUCGACAGUGGCAACGACCUCACCACGGACCUCAUUGUCCAAAGGAUCAUCAAGAACAGGUUGGAGUACGAGGCUCGGAACCAGAAGAAAGAAGCCAAGGAGCUGGCCUUCCUGGAGGCCAGGAGGCAGCAGGAGGCACAGCCCCCCGGGGAGAGGGACUGAGGCCCAGGCUGCGGCUCCUGGAACCCUCCAGUGGCCUGGCUGCCUGGAGUGCCCGUGGGGAGGCCCUCGGAGAGGGUCCCGUCCAGCACAGCAGCCCAGGCGGGAGGAGCAGAGGCGCUUGCACCCCCUUCUCCCCUGGGACGGCGAUGCCCACCCGCCAGCUGUGGGUGGAGGCAGAGGGCUCUGCCCGGGGAGCCCCUGGGUGCAGACUGCGGCACCCGUGCCUGGCUCCAAGAAGACGCGCUCGGCCUGCUGCCAGCCUUGCCACCCGUCCCUGACUGGCUGCCAUCCAUCUCUGGUGCCAUCCAAUAAAGCCUGGUGCGCAGUG